CGUCGACACAUUGAUCAAUUAAUAGCCUUGUCAGUCACGGUACGAAAGUCUACCAGCAUCCAUUGCGAGAGGAAAAUGGUGACUGAGAACGAAGGCUAUGCCCCUUCUUGUCCAAACGAGAGCACGAAACAGAGGCGACUCGACGCGAAGAUGCACCAUUGUCGUCGUGGGAAUCGACUUACGAUCCUGCUCUUUCUUGGGAUUUUGUGCGGAUUCGAUGGUGUGUUUUCCUUUGUGGUUGUCGAAAACCACAACCCGGCUUUCUCGGGGGAUCCCAACACGGGGAGGCAAAGAAGAGAACGUUGCAACCGCCAUCCACGGCGGCAUGUUCUUCUCCGAUCGGCGGUGCCACAGAAAGGGCUCGACGAGGGGACCGAUUCGGGUACAGGAUCCCCCGCAUCGCAACUCGAGGACAGCACCCCGGAAAAACCGCCCGGGGCCUUGGUGGCGCUUGGUUGGCAGGCACACUUUGCGUCUCAGCUCGAGGGUUUCCAAGGCGGAUCGAGCGAGGAGGGUGGCAGGAGUGCCCCUCUCGUUCCGAUGCGCAUCACCGAGGUCCGCAGCAAGACCAUCCACGCGGUGGGCGCGAGGGAAGACACCGCCGGUGGUGCAAACCAGGCAAGGGAUGCCGCUGGCGAGGACUGGCUCAUCCCCGUCACCCCCGGCCAGAAAAUCAUCAACCGCAACGAGGAAAAGGUUGUGGUAGCGGGGGACUGGAUCCUCGUCGAGAAGCAGGAAAGGACCCGCUCGGGCGGACAGCAAGCGCCGGAGGAAGAACCCCCCCGGAUCCGAGCCGUCCUCGAGCGCAGGUCGGUCCUGAAGCGCCGGGCCCCGGGACGAAACACGCGCAAGGCGCAACUGAUCGCGGCCAACCUCGACACGGUCUUUGUCGUUUCCUCCUGCAACCAGGAUUUCAACGUGGCUCGUCUCGAGCGGUACAUCGCCAUGGUGCUGGAAACGGACAACGUCGAGCCGGUCGUGGUUCUUACCAAGAAGGAUUUGUUAGAAAUGGGUGAUGGGGUGGAAGACGAGGACACGGAUGACGAGGACUUGUUUGACGACGAGGACUUUGACGACGAGGACUUUGACUCCUCGUGGCUCCUCGACUACUACACGGAGGAAGCAACCUCCAUUGCCGGCGGAUCAGUUCCCGUCGUGUGUCUCGAUGCCCGCAACCGCCAAGACGCCACCUCGCUGCUGGCCCCCUGGCUGGGCCCGGGCCAGACGGUGGCCUUUGUGGGAUCCUCGGGGGUCGGCAAGUCCACCCUGGCCAACACCCUGUGCGGCACGAGGGUGGCCGCCACCGGGGACAUCCACACCGACAGCGGGCAGGGAAGGCACACGACGACUCGUCGGCAGCUUCACUUCAUCCGGGGCGAUUGCGGUGACGCUGGUGCCGGUGCAGAUUCUUUCAACGGAGCCGUUCUCGACACACCCGGCCUCCGGGAACUCCAGCUGGUCGAUGCGGCCAGGGGACUGGACUUGGUCUUUGCGGACCUGGUCGACCUUUCGAAAUCCUGCCGCUUCCGGGAUUGCAAGCACCGGGACGAACCGGGCUGCGCCAUCCGAGCCGCCGUCGAAAACGAGGAGGUCGACCAGGACCGGGUGGCCCGCUGGUUUAAGCUGGUCGCCGAGGAACAAUUGAAUUCGAGCGAGGUGGCGGAGGGCAAGAAGGAACGAGAGCGAAAGAGGAAUCUCAAGAAAAGGMAAAAAGAAAAGCAACGGCGACAAAAGAAGAAAUUCGAGUAGGACAAAGCCACAAACGAGCGAACGCAGGAGUGCGGCGUUUUGACUGUAUUGGCUUAGGUUUUGGUGUCAAGUGAUCGUAAACAACAACUAUCUUGACGCUGUAUGAUACUUCAAGAAAAUAACGGAAUGGAG